GGCCAGAUGGAAAUGUAGCAUGAUGAUCAUUGCAUUUCUAGUGUUCCUGGUGGGCCGGGCAGCAGCUCAGGAGAGGACAGCUGUUGAGGGGUGGGCAGGUGACCUAGCUGGCUCUGCACCUACCCAGGCAGCUUGCAGACCCUCAGGUGCCAGCUGGGGCUGGUGGGAAGCCAGACAGCAGCAGGUGGGGUGAGGACCAGCAUGGCAACUGCAGCCUGUGAACCCAUGGCCAGGCCCAGCUUGACCUCCAUCUCGUCGGGGGAGCUGCGCAGCCUUUGGACGUGCGAUUGCGAGCUGGCCGUGCUACCACUGACACAGCUGCUGCAUCUGCAGCCAGGCGCCUUCCAGCUGCGGGGCGAUCAGCUGGUGGUGCCUGGGCCAGGGGACACGGGGGCAGCGCACGGGGGUUUUAACGUCUUUGGCGACGGCCUGGUGAGCCUGGAUGGGCAGCUCUACCGCCUCAGCAGCUACAUCAAGAGGUAUGUGGAAUUGACUAACUACUGUGAUUAUAAAGACUAUAGGGAAACUAUACUGAGCAAACCCAUGCUGUUCUUCAUUAAUGUAAAAAAAGACACUUCAAAAGAAAGGACAUACGCAUUUCUUGUGAACACAAGGCAUCCCAAGAUAAGAAGACAGCUGGAGCAGGGGAUGGACAUGGUCAUCUCCUCCGUGAUUGGAGAAAGUUACCGACUUCAGUUUGAUUUUCAAGAAGUAGUGGUGAAUUUUUUCCCUCCAGGAACUGAGGUGAUUCAUGGAGAAAAUCUGAGCUUUGCAUAUGAAUUCAAGGCUGAUGCUUUAUUUGAUUUCUUCUAUUGGUUUGGGCUCAGCAAUUCCACUGUGAAGGUGAAUGGGAAGGUCUUGAAUCUGUCAAGUACAAGACCUGAAAAGAAGGAAACAAUUAAGUUAUUCCUGGAAAAAAUGAGUGAACCCUUGAUCCGAAGGAGCAGUUUCUCUGACCGGAAAUUCAGUGUAACUUCUAGAGGUUCAAUAGAUGACGUUUUUAACUGCAAUCUGUCACCCAGAUCAUCUCUGACAGAGCCUCUUUUGGCAGAAUUACCAUUUCCCAGUGUUUUGGAAUCUGAUGAGACACCCAACCCAUUUAUCUGAUUGGACAGAACAUUCUUGCUUUCACCCCUGCAUACCAGGCCUUAGCCACAAUACAGGUAGAGGGGAGGGAUCUGUUGGGAGACAGGACUUUCGCCCCCUUGUGGUCUCCUCCUUCUCCCUAUGGCUUCCAUGGAGAGACUAAUCUUCAGUUUUCCUGGGCAUGGUGGCCUGGCAGGCUGGGUAUAGCUAGUUUCCUUCUAUGUUAUGGUUACCAGGAUGAAAAGGCUUUGGCUACAUGGCUUGAGAGGGGGACAAGGUUCCUCUAUUUCAACACUUCUUCAAAGAGACAGGAGGAACAGAAUAUCCUGCCAUCUUGGUUAGCCAUGGCCCUCUGAGAGCUUUCCUGGGGGCCUCUGUAGGAGGUGUCUGUCUUGGAUGUCGGCCUGUGAUGUUUUAUAAGUUGGGGUGUGGCACUUCACUUUGGAGAUGCUUGUUCAUCCCCAAGCCUAGAAAAUUUGGGCCAACAUCACUAUUUUUCCUUUAGGACAAAAGACAAAUGAUGAGAUCUUUCAUCACGUCUAUGUGAACCCUUCUGAGAAACACUCAACAUCAGGUUUAUUGGAGGACUGCCCAGGUUGCUAGGAUAGUAACCUUGUUCCCUACUGCCUGAAAUGUGAACCCUGAUUGGCAUCCUCCUUCACAUUCUGCCCACUGAAGAAUGAAACCAGGUGGGGUACUAACAGUCCGUGACAGGGGAGAAUCCACACUGCACACGGCAGAGUCCUCCAUCUUGACAGCACAUCGAGCCACUUGGGCAUUUAAAAUAUGUUCCCAGCAAUGCUAACAUGAAAAGAAAAAUAGAAGAAGGCUGUGUCAUUACCAUAAUUCAUUGCUACAUCAGUGUGUUUCCACCUCAUAGCCACAGUGGAAUUCUUCCAGAGAAAAAGAAAUUUCUCCAAUCUCCAUAUGAAAGCUUGCACAAAUGAAUCACUACGUAUGCUCAUAAUGAGGAAGCUUUAUGGGUAUUUUCUAUCAUUAAAAACAUAUUCCUGUAUUAUACAGUUUGAUAGCUCUGCCGAUGAUCCUGCCAUCCAUAUUUGAAGUGUUAUAUAGUAUAUUUGCACAAUUAAAACGUUUCUUAGCAUUCAAAAUAGACUUGAUUAAAUUUGUGACCCUAGGUCUGUGUGAUUGGUGACUUUUGGUUUGUGGGUGUUGUAUGUGCCUUAUCACUCACUUAUAAUAAAAAUUGUGGUUUCUGAA